AUGGAGACGGAUAUGGAUCCCGCCUCGGCGGGCCACCAGGAGAUUCGUCUUCUCGUUGACGAAGUUAUUGAAUCAUCCAAAAUACCCGCCAAAACACGCCAGACCAACGUCAAAUCUACUAUUGCUAGUCUUACCUCACUAUCGUAUGAAUGGGGCCUUUUGCCUCAGACCCUUGAUGAUCUCAUCAUUCUCGUCACAACUCCAAAUCACCUUGACCAAGCAAGUCAAGCUACUAUCAUCCGAAACCUGUAUCCCGUGGCACCUAUCUCUCGAAAAUCUGUUCUUCAAGUCAUCUCGUGCCUUGGACACGGAGCCCUCAAGCCAUCUCUGACUCUCCAGGCUGCUCUUCUCAAGUGGCUCAUCACAGUACACCACACUUUGGAGUCACCACAAACGCUUUCUCAAACCUACUCGGUUCUAUUCAAUCUCCUCGAUACCGCGGCCACUCGACCUAACCUCAGCCACCUCCUGGCUCUCAUUACCAGACGCAAACAUGUCCAGCCUUUCAGAAUACAAGCCUUGCUUAGCCUUUCCCGGCAAACUGGACAUGACCCGUCCUUGAUCGGUCUUCUAAGAGUUUUCAAAGACUAUUACCCUGAAGUUAUUGUUGGAGACGCGGUUCGGGGCAAAGCAUCCUCCUUCAAGCACCCUGAUCUGCAAUGGCGAGCAAGGCUCGACGAAAUCCAGGAUGCACAUCUUCACCAGACAGAAAAAGGCACAUUACGACCUCGAGGUGGCUUCCGUGUUCAUCGCCCUAUAGGGCGUAGUACUAGAAACAGAACAAUCCCUGUAGUCCACACGUCUUAUGUGGCAGAGAAUUCUGUUACAAUAGAGGAGAUCGAGAAUGUUGCAAGUUUCGUCAAGAAUCUUGACAAGCUCGAACUCCCCAAUCAACUAGUGGCUGUUCUGGCAGAUCCUUUGUUGCAGAAGCUCAUGCUUCUGAGGCCAGACGGCGAAUCUGAGCAGAGACUAGUCAACUGGCUCAAUGGUGUGCUGCAAGAUGUUCGUGAUGGCGAUGCAGACGAAAGCACCUUCUUUGACAUGCUGGAUAUCCUACGGGAAUAUGUUAUUUCUACCAAGAACCUUCUUCCUCUCCUACUUGACUUCUUUGCACGCUUUCUUCCGCUUUGGGAUGGAUCUGGACGUCGCGAUGCCAUAUUUGAGAUCUUAUCUUACUCCCCAUUACUGGACUUCCAAGGGCUAUACAAGCACAUCUUUCAGCCCCUGGAAGCUGCCACUCUUGACAAUAGCCCGGAAUCUCUGCUAGCGCUUCUCGCCCUGUACAAGAACCUUCUUCACCACUGGACAGUUCUGCUUGAAUCCAGUGACACAGUACCAGACCAUGCCAGUGGGACUAUCACAGCCUUGGUCCGACACGUUAAUCCACUUGCCCUCACACUCUGCCAAACAUGUCCUUCUGUCUCAUCACGUUCUGCAAUUCUUGACUUCUAUGAGCGAAACGCCAGACUCGUUAGUCAUCAGGUCCUCAAGCACUACAUUUGCAUCGAACUACCCCCUUCAUCCCUCAUUUACAUUCUCUUCUUCAGCAGUUCUGCAGCCAUUGUCUCACGCAUGUGUGCCAUUCUCGCCUUUUACAAGAAGGGUUUCGAGAUGGCCAUGCUCACCAAGCCGGGGCGUGAGAAAAGUAGCCGCAUUGACUCUACAUCAUAUAACAGGACUUUUGUCAGCCUUUUCAAUGGCUACCUUAUGGACAUGUGCAAUUGCUUUUGGCGUGGCAGGGCUUUUACUAACAGUGACCCCAACGCACUUGGAUGCAUGAUUCCGAGGAGCCUCGUGCCUGUUCUGUCAUCGUAUGUGACUUCUGUGGAUGAGGCUCAUACUCUAGCAUCUCUCUUCUCAUUGUCACACUCGCCACUCCUGAGCUUGCAAAGCAAACGAUGUAUUAGAGGUCUUGAGGAUGCCGAAGUCGAUAGCGAUUCUUCAUUGCGCACCAGGCAUGAGGGACCGCCGACACAGAGUAGCCUUGGGCAAUUGGCAAGUUCCGGGGGGCUACGCAUCUCGUGGCAGGAUUAUAGGAUCAAGGUGCUCGAGGCGCUGACUGCUAGUGAACUCGGAGGCAUUACAGAUCUUUUGAAGAACACAAUGACAGUUCUGAGGAGAUUAAUAGACGGCGAGGGCAGCUCCAGGCCAACCACGUCGCAGUCAUUUCAAUGA